AUGUCGGCCGCGAGCGCUAGACCUCCGUCCGCAGACAAUCCUCUCGCCCAGACCAUUGACAACAAGGCGAUUGCUUCGAGUGUGAAAGGCAAAGCCGAUACGAUGAGUCCGCGAGAACGAGGAGCGCGCACAAUAGACGAUGCUCUGGCGCAGGAUGCGCGAUACCCUGACCUAGAUAGUUUUCUCCCUGCCGGAUAUACCUCAGAAUACGACUUACCUACCUCUCAAUCAUGGGCGCCCUUCCAAAAAAUAAAGAUGUAUGAUAUUCCGGAUCAAAUAUUUGAGCAGUACAAUCGUGCUCAAGUUUCGACGAGCAUGGGCCUCUUCGCAGAGUUGAACCAUGCCUGGGUGACGAUCGAUAAUUCCCUUUAUCUCUGGGACUACACGCAUCCAAACCCGCAAUUAAUUGGGUUUGAAGACCAGCCUAAUAGCAUUAAUACUGUGAAACUCGCUCGACCGCGGAAGGGUGUAUUUCUGCCGUCUAUAACACAUAUUCUUAUUAUCGCAACUACAGCGGAUGUCAUGAUCCUUGGCCUGAGCUGUGAAAUCAGUGGUGGCUCAAAGAUCGUUUCUCUUUACCAAACUGGAAUGUCGGUUACUGUUCGAGGGCUAGAUAUUAAUGUUAUCACGUCGUCAGACUCGACGGGCAGAAUCUUCUUCGCCGGUUCGACAGACAACGAUGUGUACGAGCUGAAAUAUCAACAAGAGGAGCGUUGGUUCCAAGGGAGAUGUACUAAAGUGAACCAUACGACAAAAAGCUUUGCAGCUUUUGCUCCUCAAUUUGCACUCACGCCCAAGAGCCAGACAUUUGUUGAGCAGAUGGUGGUCGAUGAUAGCAGAAGUCUUCUGUACACCCUUUCAUCUAACUCGUCCAUACGCGUAUUUCAUAUGAAGCAAGACGAUGCCAUGUCACUCGCCAUUACGAAACAUGCUGUUGAUAUUUACUCCAACAUUGGUCACAUCAUUGGUUCCAAUGAAACGCUCAAUGCUCGAGUUAAGAUUGUCUCGAUUAGUCCAAUUCUGGCUGAAGAAGCUUCAAGAUACCACCUGAUGGCCACAACGGCGACUGGCUAUAGAAUUUAUUUAAGUGCCACUGGUUCUUAUAGUUGGUCACCGACUCCUAGUGCAACGAAUGCUCCUACAAGUAUGCAAGCGCAACACAUACGGACCCCGCCACCCGACACGACAAGCGCCCAGCCGGCGGCACAAGGGAAUUCUCCUAUGUCAGGAUCCAAAUAUCCAAUGUCUCGUGGUAGAUUUCCAAUCCAAUCAUUGAACCCUACUCGAUCCGCACAGCGUUUCCCCCCCGGCUACUUCUUCUGUUUCGCUGAAAAGGAACCCCCCAACCGUGGAGAUACGCUUUUCAUAUCUACACCGGACUCUGGACGGAUUGCUCGCCCUCAGGAUACGUCUCUUCCGAUGAAAACGGAUGAAACCGGUCUUUGGCUCACCCUGGGCAGCCGUGCAGAAGAUAUAGGGCUCAGUACGCCGGGUUUUGCAGCCCAAGGGGCACCUGGCUUUGGAAACGAGCUUGCGAUUCAGUUUGACAAGCCUGCCACCGAAAUUGCCAUCCUCACAAAUACGGGAGUUCAUGUGAUUCGCAGAAGAAGGCUUGUUGACAUAUUCGCUUCUCUCGUCCGUACCGCUGGAGGGGAGGAGGGAUUGGAGAAUCAAGUGAAGACCCUUAUCAAACUUUAUGGCCGAAGUGAAGUUCUUGCUACUGCGUUAGCCGUAACUUGUGGCCAAGGCGUCGAGCUUUCGCAUGACUCUCGCUUGUCUAAGAUAAAUGACCCGGAUGUGUUGGAGUUUGCCAGAAAGGUGUUCAUCGAGUUCGGCGGGAGGCCCUCUCUGGACGAAAACACGGUUACUGAUGGGUCCAAUUUCGCAAUCGAAGCCGUUUUGCCAUCACCGCGACAUGCAGGUAUUGCACUUUAUACCUCAAGGCUUUUGAGGUCGAUUUGGAAAACCGUGAUCGUGAAGCAAGACCGCACACCAGCUGGCGGUGUCGCCAUUAUCCCAUCCGUCAACACAUCUAAGUUACAUUCGAUACAACGAGAUCUCUCGGCCUUGCAAGACUUUUUCCGUACAAAUAAGACGUUCAUUGAAGGUUUAAGCGGCCCCGAAGCCCUAUCCAGGGCAGCGACAAAGCAAGAUGAAAUUGCUCUACAGGCAGAACACCGCGCAUUGCACUCACUGGUUCAACUUAUUACUCAUACUAUUGAGGGUAUUUCGUUCAUCCUCGUUUUGUUCGACGAACGCAUGGAAGAGAUUGUAGCCUUAUUACCCGAAGCUUCGAAAUCCAAAUUCAUGACUUUGACGUUCGAACAACUCUUCAGCAGUCCUUCAGGGCACGAUAUCGCUAAAGAACUCGUCAAGGCUAUUGUAAAUCGCAAUAUUGCGAAAGGUUCAAAUGUUGAAACCGUUGCAGAAGCCCUUCGACGGCGUUGCGGGUCUUUCUGCAGUGCGGAGGAUGUUCUUAUUUUCAAAGGCCAGGAACAGCUGAAGCGGGCGACGGAGGCUGGUGUUAAUUCUGAAUUUGGGAGGAACUUGCUGAAUGAAAGCUUAAAUUUAUUUAUGCAAGUGUCAGAGACGUUGCCAAUGGACUACCUUAAAGCUGCCGUUGAGCAGUACACGCUAAACCAGUUUUUUGCCGGCGCUAUUCAACUUUGCUUAAGUGUUGCAGCCGAUUCUGAUAAAGCAAACCGUGCACUAUCAUGGUUAAUGGAUGGCCGGCCUGCCCAGGAUCCUCGCCAGGCGAGCUUUGAGAUUCGACAACAAUGUUAUGAUCUAAUUUAUAUUGUCAUUGCGGCUGUUGACGAUCUCACAAGCCAAGAACCGGAAGUGGUCGACGGACAAUAUACGGCUAUAACAAGAAGAAAAAAUGAGGCGUACGAUGUCAUUACGAAUUCACAAGAUGAGGUCUUCCUUACGAGCCUUUAUGAUUGGUAUCUUGAACGAGGCUGGAGCGACAGACUGCUUCACCUCAAUAGCCCAUUCGUGGCUACAUAUCUGAAGAGAAAGUCAGCCGAAGACAUCUUCCACGCUGACUUGCUGUGGAAGUAUUACGGACAGUCUGGCAAAUUUUACGACGCUGCUGCUGUUCAGCUACAACUUGCACAGAGCCCAUUCUCUCUUCCUUUAAGUCAACGGAUUGAAUACCUAGGUCAAGCAAGUGCCAAUGCCUCAGCAUCCACGCAAGAGGCCUCCCGCGCAGCUCGUCAUAGAUUGCAGCAGGAAAUUUCGAGUCUGUUAGACGUUGCAAAUGUUCAGGACGAUUUAGUGCAGCGCUUGAAGGAUGACAGCCGAAUAACCGAUGAGCGAAAGGCCGAAGUCCUAAAGGAAGUGAGCGGCGAAAUUAUGGAACUUAGCAAUUUGUUCAACAUGUAUGCCGAUCCUGGCGGUUACUACGAUAUAUGCCUACAGAUCAUGCAUCUCGCAAACUAUCGAAACACGUCCGACAUCAAGGCCGCAUGGGAAAACCUUAUUAAGGAUGUCCAUGAAGAUGCAUCUGAAAAGGGCAUGUCUCUGCCCUACGAAGCUAUUAUUGAAAAGGUCCGAAGCCUUUCUAGUCGCUUAAGGAUGUCGGACAUUUCUUUCCCUGUUCCAAUUCUUCUACCGAUGCUCGAAAGAUACGCACUUGAACGUCAGCUUGGUGUAGGCCCCCAGACCUGGGUAAUUGAUCUUUUCCUUGACCUACAUGUUGCACACGAAACCCUCUAUACGAUACUAGAGGCGAUAUUCUACAACGACGAAGUUCCCUUUCAAGGUCGCAAUCGGAUGUUUAUUGCAUACGAUCUUAACUACGUCAUCUCACGGUGGUAUCAAGAUAGUGUUCGAGUUGGUGGUGGUGUUUUCGGUAGCGAUGCGCUUGCUACCCGUGUAUCGGAGUUGUUACUUUUGAUUCAACAGAGCGGCGGAGAGAGGGAGAUUGUGGAGUUGAGCAGGGAUUUGCGGAUGAGAAUUGAGCAAUCCCUAUGGUGA